AUGGCGAGCACUGUUGGAGACUUCAAGCUAUCCAGCACCGCAGCUGGCUUUACGCUCGGGUUCGGCGUGCUGACAGUUUGGGAGGCCAUCAAGCAGACCAGAAAUGUCCGUUCUCCUCUCCGAAGCGUAUAUAUCUAUAUGGUGUGGGGGGAAAUUGUGGCCAAUCUUGCAAUCGGAAUCAUCGGUUGGCUAUUUCUUGAUGGCAAACUGUCGCCAACCGUUCCUGUCCUGUUUGGUAUCUUGUUUCUCUGGGUCUUCGAGAUACAGUUUUUGAUGCAAAUUAUUAUCAAUCGGAUUGCUGUUCUGGGGGAUAACCGUCAACUGAUCUGGAAACUCAAGUGGGGAACUGCCCUGAUUAUAACUCUCGUCAACAUUGCUGUCAUGAUUAUUUGGAUUCCGGCUCAUGUCGUUCCUCCUCCUAUGCCUAUUUUCGUUGAAAUCAACAGAUAUUGGGACCGGACCUCUAAGGUCAUCAUCCUUCUGGUAGACGCAGGACUGAACUACUAUUUCCUCCGGGUGGUGCGAAACCGACUUGUUAAAUAUCAUGGCUUGACAAAGUACGCACCUCUUAUAAGCUUUAACGCGAAGCUCAUGGUGCUUUCCAUCGGGAUGGAUCUAAUGCUUAUUCUCCUCAUGUCGCUCCGUAAUCAAGUCGUCUACAUCCAAUUCCAUCCUGUCGCCUACAUGGUUAAGCUCAAUAUCGAGAUGACCAUGGCCCGCCUAAUCACCAAACUAGCCCAAAACUCUGUUAACGACAGAGUGGCUGGUUUCACCUCCUCCCACAACCAGUACUCAAGAAGUCGCCACGACACCGAGGACCCGCAUACGUUGAAGCCGGUGGCUCUUUCUGGAAUCCAUACGAGUGUUACCUCGAAGCAUAAUACGGGACUGGAUGAUGGUGACGGCAUUCGGACGACGAAGGAGGUGCAUGUUCAAGUUAAUCAUGCACGAAAUGGAGCCCGACACCAUAGCGAUGAUGAAUUGCCGUUAGCGCCAGGGCCGCAGCAGAAGGACUUGGAUGCACAAGUCUGGGAACGUUGA